AUGGCUAACUCAAUCACUGUGUCCGACGCUACUAUGCGAGCUAGAAGAGAUGCCGAAAUGAGCAUCGAUGCUCUGAAAACUCAUAUCAAAUUAGCCAAAAACACCUUAGACUGCGCAAGCGCAUACGAUUGUUUCGAAAAGGGUUUUCAGAGAUUUGUUGACCGCUCAGUGGAUGGAAGAGUGCGCGAAUUUGACCGUCAUGGCUUCCGUUUAUUGGGGAGAUUCAGGCGCAGUUGCUGA